CAAGAACCAGAACCAGCACCAGGACCAACAGAAGAAACCAGACCAGCACCAGUAUGCAGUGUGUACGUUUUCCCGCCAUUUUGGUUCUCAUGGCACUGGUUCUGUGCAGUACCGGAGUUUCCUCUCAGCCAGACAGAGACCAGCUGCAGGACCCGGACCUGGAGCUGGAGCUGGAGCUGCGCAAUCAUCGGCUGCUGCAACGACCUCACAGCACAGGGUUUCUGUCACAGGAGUGGAGUAAACGUGCGGUGGAGGACCUGCUCGCUCAGAUGUCUCUGCCUGAAGCCGACGUCCAGCGGGAAGCUGAGGCAACAGGAGGGAGGAUGAACCUGGAGCGGUCUGCCGACCAACCCAACAGCAUACCCCCCCGCGAACGCAAGGCUGGCUGCAAGAACUUCUACUGGAAGGGCCUCACUUCCUGUUAAAGCCCCCCCAGAUGAGUCCACGCCUUCCUAGUACCAGUGGACCGAUCCCCUAUCACCUGGCCUUCACCUGAGAGAUUGGAUGGACCAAUCAGCAGCUGUCUGGCUGCAUCAUACCUGAAUAAUUAAUGUAAUUAUCAAAUAAAGAGAGAAAUCAGUGAA